AUGGCCGAAGGCGACGACACCGUAGCCGGUGGGCUGACCCACGUGGCCGCCGCCGCUGCCAUCUUGCCCGCAACCGCUGCCAUGCCGCCGCCCCUCGCCCGCCGACCCGGAUUCGCACCGCCCCGGUCGUUGGCCACCGCGCCGGCGAAGGGACGAGGCGGCGGAAAACGGCCGGCCAACCGCAGCCGCGACCCGACCGACAGUUCUACGCGGCCGAUGAAGGUCUCCAAGGUGGCCGCGGCGGCUCGGGGCGACGACUCGCAGCCGGUGCGGCCGGCGGCCUCCUCCAGCAGCCACACAUCCAUUCCUCAACCUCCCCCGCCGCCACCGCCGGCCGUGCAGGAAGAUGUGGCCACGCCGACAGCCACCGCCUCCAACAUGUUCGACGAAAUGUCGCAAAGCUUUCAUGCACACGACAAAUGUGACAAAUGUGGAAGCGACCAAAUGGUGAACACCUAUUGGCAACGCAUCAAGGAGUACUUCGAUGAGCGCAACACAAGUGGUCACUUCCGUUCGAGCGACUCUCUACGCCAGCGUUGGUCCACCAUCAACGCCGAAUGCCAAAAGUGGGCCGGUUGCUUGUCAAACGUUGCUCGCAUGAACCCAAGUGGUUGCGGUGAUAGUGACUUGAAAAUGAUUGCACAAGGAUUGUUUCAAGAGAGGAACAUGAAAGGCGAGAAGAAGAAAAGGAAAGGAAAAGCUUUCACUUUUCAUCAUUGCUACAAAGAGCUCAAGGAUGAGGAGAAGUGGCGAGGAAAGAAGGAGAGGAGUGAGGCCGAGCGGCGAAGGGCGGCGGCCGAGGAGAAGAGGGCGGCGGCCGAGGAGAGGUUGGCCGUGGCCGAGGAGAGGAAGGUGGACCUAGAGGAGAAGAAGGCCGCGGUCGACGAGAUGAAGAUGGUUGAGGAGAGGACACUCAAGUUUAUGUUUAUGGACACAUCAACUCUUGAUGCCAAGGCAAAGGCAUAUGUUGAACUUUGUCGCGAUGAAAUUUUCAUGAAGAAGCAAAUGCUCAUGAGGCAAAUGAUGAUGGGAGGAGGCAUGGGAGGUGCCAUGGGAGGAGGCAUGGGAGGUGCCAUGGGAGGUGCCAUGGGUGGAGGCAUGGGAGGAGGCAUGGGUGGUUACAUGAACAUGAUUGGAGGUUCCAUGAAUGAUGCAUUUGGCGGAAACAUGGGAGGUGGCUUCGGUGGCAACAUGGAAGGUGGCUUUGGCGGCAUUGGAGGUGGCUUUGGCGGCAACAUGAUGGGUGGCUUGGGAGGUGGCUAUGGCGGCAACAUGAGUGGCGUUGGAGUUGGCUUCGUCGGCAACAUGACCGCCGCCGGCCGCGAACGCCCAACUGCCAGUUCCUUUCCUUUCCUGCCCGCCCGCCCGCGACCUCCCACCCGUCUGCCGCCGCCCCCACACCCUGCCGCCGCCCCGCCGCACGCCACCCGCAACAAAUCCUGCCCCGCCCCGCCCCCGCCGCUGUUUCCACGCCGCCCUGCCGCCCUCCCGCCGCGGAUCCGGCCGCGGCCGCAGCGCACGCCGCCGCCCCGUCCGCCGCAGCUCCGCCCGGCCCCGGCCUGCCCGCCGUAG